AUGGGCAUAAGAAGUAUGCUCCAUCCUCAACCAAGUCCUAAUAUAACUACAACGCGUUUGCCUAGAGCAUGCUAUCAAAUGACUAACAAAGAAAAGGAAUCUUUCCUAAGCAUUCUCAAGAAUGUAAAAACUCCAGAUGAAUGUUCAUCAAACAUCCCACGUUGUGUGCAUGUCAAGCAACACAAGAUGUUUGGAUUGAAAAGUUACGAUUGUCAUGUUUUGAUGCAAGAGCUUCUUCCAGUAGCAUUACGGGGUUCAUUGCCAGAUAAAGUCACUUCAGUGUUAGUUGAUCUUUGCAAUUUCUUCAAGCAAAUUUGUUCUAAGGUACUUAAUGUGGAAUUUCUAUCACAAUUGGAGUCUCAAAUAGUUAUCACACUUUGUCAGUUGGAAACAAUUUUUCCUCCUUCAUUUUUUACUGUUAUGAUGCAUUUGGUAAUUCAUUUGGCACACGAAGCCCAAGUUGCUGGACCGGUACAAUAUCGAUGGAUGUAUCCGAUUGAGAGGUUUCUUCUAACUCUUAAGUCCUUUGCACAAACUAGGUUCAAUAGACCUAACAGAAAUGACAAUGAAGUCUCUGGAAGGCCAUUAGGGAUAAAGAAACAACAAAAGUUACGAUUAGGGAAGAGGAAGUUUCUUCUUACUCUUAAGUCCUUUGUACGUAAUAGAGCCCAUCCAGAAGGAUCAAUUGCAGAGGGAUUUUUGGCCAAUGAAUGUUUGACGUUUUGUUCGCAAUAUCUAUCUGGGGUAGAAACUAGGUUCAAUAGACCUAACAGAAAUGACGAUGAAGUCUCUGGAAGGCCAUUAGGGAUAAAGAAACAACAAAAGUUACGAUUAGGGAAGAGGAAGAAAGUGAGUAGAACUAAACUUGACAAGAAAGAGUUAGCACAGGCACAUAGAUAUGUGCUUUCUAAUUGUGAUGCAGUUGCUCCAUUUAUAGAAGAACACAUUUUACAUCUUAAGAGACAGUGUCGACCACGACGAUUGACACAACUUGAAAUUGACAAGCAACAUGGUCAAAAAUUUAUUGAGUGGUUUAAACUCAGGAUCCAGCGUAUGGAUGAACAAAAGAGCUCAGAAGUUACUCAUGAACUUAGAUGGUUAUCCCGUGGACCAUCUGAGGUAGUAAGAAGAUACACAGGUUAUGCGAUUAAUGGUUUUAGAUUCCACACAAAGAAGAGAGAGAGAUUUUUGAAAACACAAAAUAGUGGAGUUGUUGUAAAGACAAAGACCUCAACAGAUGAAAUUAAUUACUAUGGGGCAAUAACUGAUAUACUGCUGUUGGAUUAUUCUGGAAAGUACAAGUUUGUGUUAUUUAAAUGUGAUUGGGUUGAUAUUAAUAAAGGUAUCAAGAAAGAUAAGUUUGGUAUGACGCUUGUCAAUUUCAAAUUUUUAAAACAUACUGGGAAAAAUAUUUGUGAUGACCCAUUUGUGUUUGCAUCACAAGCUAAAAAGGUGUUUUAUAUAUAUGAUGAGAGAAACAAGGAUUGGCUUGUUGUUCUCAAUGCAAAAGUUAGAGAUAUCUAUGAUAUGGGUGAUGAGGAAUCUAAUGAAAUUGAAGAAAUUCAUGGGCAACUAAUGGGCGAUACAAGUGAAGCUACUCAAAAUGUUAAUGAUUUGGUUAGGCUUGAAGUUGAAGAUGAUAAUGAUUUUUUUGAAGUUGUUGAUGUUGAUAAUAUGGAUGAUGAUGAAGAUGAUGGGGAAGACGAAUGAAUAAUGGCUCGAAGAAGAAAGUUAAAUAUUCGACAUCGAGCAAGUGAUAAUGAAGGAAUUCAGUCUACUUCAAAUAAUACAAACUCAACCAAUGUAGAAGGAAGUAAUGUUGCAGAAACUCGUUCUAGUCCUUGUCAUGCAGAAGGUGUCAUACGUGAGUCUGUAGAAUCUCACUCAAUUCCCUCUGAUAUAGAAGUUGAAGAAGAACAAAUUGAAAAAGAAGUAGAGCCUAAACGGGCUAGAGGUCCUACAAAAAUGUUAGAUGUAUGGGAAAUGGAACAUGGUGAUUUAAUAAUCGUUAAUUUGGACAAAUAUGGUCGACCCAUUGGUGAGGAAGGGACAACUCUAACUCGUUUCAUUGGUAGCGUAGCUAGAAGAGUAAAUUUGAGUUUGUUCCUCCAAUAAAUGACUUAACAAGAGAAAUGUUAAAAUCUGAGCUGAAUGAGAAAUGGAGGCAAUGGAAGGGUGAUCUAAAGUCAAUGGCAUAUGACCCUACUAAAACAGAAGAAGAAGUUGCAUCUCUUGUACCAGAUGAUAGGGUUGACCCAAAUCAAUAUCGUGGUUUGGUUCAUCAUUGGUUUUCUGAUGAAGGACAA